AUGAAAUCAGAAUUAUUUAAAUUAGUAUUUAAUAAUACAGUUAUUAGAUCAAAUAUAUUUAAUCAAUUUCAAAAUAAAGAGAUUUAUGGUGGUAGAACAUCAAGAUAUAGAUGGAUACAAUUAAUAAAUUCACCAUUUCUAUUGAUACAAUAUAAUUAUUUCGAUUUGUUUGUUCAACAUUGGAUCACUGUUGGUUGUAAUAACUACCAUUAUAAACAGUUGAAAUUGAAAAACAAUAUAAAGAUUGUUAGUGUUGCCAUCCAAUUCAACAGAUUAAACUUUAUUAAAUGUUUGGUCGAACACAAUCAUUUAGAUCUAUCAAUCUAUUUAAAAGACAUAUUAAGCAUAUCGGUAUCAAGAGGAAAGAAAGAUAUUGUUGAAUAUCUUAGAUUGCUAUUCAGCUCAAACAAUGGGUAUUAUACUCAUAAUUACCAAUAUUUAGAACUGCUUGAUGCUUUCGAAUCAAACGAUCUCGAAACCGUUAAACGAUUAUCAUCAAUGGUUUCAAAAUCCCAACUUAAUGAACUUUAUGAACCUUUGUACAAAGCUAUCUCAUACGGUCACACACAGCUUAUAGAUUGGUUAAUCGACAAUCGAUCAGAUAUUUCCAAUAUGUUCAUUGGAAAUAGAGUAAUUGGUAAGGCUAUAUACAACCGACAAUUUCAUAUUCCCGAUUUGUUACUUUCCAAAGGUUAUAUAGAAGAUAGAGAAUAUCAAACAUCUGAACUUGGUAUCAAUUUCGCACAGAACGAUAUAUAUCAAUGGUUGAGCACAACCAAAUUAAGAAUAAACUUUACUUCAACAGAUUUCGAUGAAGCAGCAGGAAAUUCAUCACUCGAAGUUAUAAAAUGGAUCAAUGAUCAUAGUAAUCAAGGUUGUUCAAAGAAUGCAAUGUAUAAUGCAUUCGUCAACUUGAAAUUUGACAUUGUGAAAUGGUUACAUGAGAAUAGAACAGAAGGAACACGUACUAUUGGUUACAUUAACUCCUCUGCAAUAACUAAAGAUGCAGAGAAUUUACCAUUCGAAAUGGUUAAAUGGUAUCAUCAAAAUAGAACAGAAGUAUUCGGUAGUUAUUUCAUGGAUUACGCUGCUUGUUACUCACUUGACGUCAUUAAAUUCCUUCAUUACAAUCGAUCUGAAAGUUGUUCAAAAAGGGCAAUGCUUAAUGCUGGAAUGUCUGGUCAACUGGAAAUCUUUAAAUUCCUCAAAGACAAUAGAACAGAAGGUGUUCCAAGUGAUCUAAUUUAUCAUAUUUGUUCUAAAGGUCAAUUGGAAAUGAUUCAAUAUCUUUAUGAAACUAGUGAACCAAAUGAAUAUAAUUGGUCCUGGGAUCUUAUGGAUUUAGCAAUCAAAUCAUCCAACCUCGAUUUAGUAAAGUGGAUUCAUCAAAAUACCACCUUUAGUAGCAUUUCAAAUGAAUUUGAUAUUGCCUUAUCAAGAAAAGACUUUGAAAUGGUUCAAUAUCUCGUUGACAACAAGAUUUGUUCAAAUGAUUUGGAAUCAUCAAUACUUAAUCAUCUAAAAGAUCCUAGUUUAUUUAUCAUUGAAAUUCUAGAUUGGAUUUAUGGUUGUAGAACAUCAAAAUAUAGAUGGAUACAAUUAAUAAAUUCACCAUUUCUAUUGAUACAAUAUAAUUAUUUCGAUUUGUUUGUUCAACAUUGGAUCACUGUUGGUUGUAAUAACUACCAUUAUAAACAGUUGAAAUUGAAAAACAAUAUCGAUAUUGUUAAAACUGCCAUCCGAUUCAAUAGAACAAACUUUAUUAAAUGUUUGGUGGAUAAUAAUCAUUUAGAUCUAUCAAUUCAUUCAAAAGGUAUAUUAGACAUAUCAGUCUCAAUCGGAAAGAAAGAUAUUGUUGAAUAUCUAAAAUUGGCAUUCGGUUCAGAUAAUGUGUAUUUAUCACCUAUAUACCCAUCUUUAGAACUGAUUUCUGCUUGUGUAUCAAACGAUCUUGAAACUGUUAAACGAUUAUCACCAACGAUUCCGAAUGACCAAUUCAAAGAAACCUAUCCACCUUUGUACAAAGCUAUCUUACAUGGUCAUGUACAGAUUAUACAUUGGUUGAUUAACAAUCGAACAGAUGGAGACCAUUCGUACUAUAGAAUGAUUGGCAUGGCAUUACAUAAUAAGCAACAUCAUAUUCCCGAUUUGUUACUUUCCAAAGGUUAUAUAGAAGAUAGAGAAUAUAGACUUUCUGAACUUGGUUUGCUUAGCACUAAGGAUUUGUAUCAAUGGUUGAGCACAACCAAAAUCAGAAUAAACUUUACAUCAAAUGAUUUCGAUCUAGCAGCAAGAAAUUCAUCACUCGAUGUUGUAAAAUGGAUCAAUGAUCAUAAUAAUCAAGGUUGUUCAAAGAAUGCAAUGUAUAAUGCAUUCAUCAACUUGAAGUUUGACACUGUUAAAUGGUUGCACGAGAAUAGAACAGAAGGAACACAUACCAUUGAUUUCUUUAACUCAUCUGCAAUAGCAAGUGACUCAGAUAAGAAUCUAGCAUUUGAAAUGGUUAAGUGGUUCAAUCAAAAUAGAACAGAAGGAUUCACUGCUGAUUUCAUGGAUUGUGUUGCUUCUUUCUCACUUGACAUUGUUAAAUUCCUUCAUCAAAAUCGAACUGAAGGAUGUACAAGCAAAGCAAUAUUGAAUUCUGGAAAGGCUGGUCAACUGGAAAUCUUUAAAUUCCUCAAAGACAAUAGAACAGAAGAUGUUCCGAUUGAACUUGUUUCUCUUGUUUGUUCAAAAGGUCAAUUGGAAAUGAUUCAAUAUCUUUAUGAAACUGGAGAGCCAGAUGAAUAUAAUUGGUCUUUGAAUCUUAUGGAUUUAGCAAUCAAAUCAUCCAACCUCGAUUUAGUAAAGUGGAUUCACCAAAAUACAACUCAUGGUUGCGAUAUAAAUACAUUUAAAUUUUCAUUAUUGGAAAAAGACUUUGAAAUGGUCUCAAUAUCUCGUUGA